AUGUCGGACCGGCAGGCAGCUGAGGGGCCGGCCUUCUGGAGCCCCGCAGCUCGCCGAGGGUCGGCGGGCGGCGUCGGGGAUCGACGGAGAGUGGAGGAGAGCCAGGCGGCAGCCUCAGAGAAGGAAGAUUUGGAAAGCACCAAAGUCAACUCUCUACUGGCUUGUGCCUCUGACCCAGCACCCCAGUCCUCACCCUACAGGCCACAGAUGGUAUCUCCAGCAAGUAAGGAUACCACGGAAGAUCUACAGAAAGCAGCUGGUGCCUCAGAGGUUCAGGCUCCGGGGGAGCAGGCGUCGCUGCCAGCAGGCCAGACCCAGGUUCUCAGUGAGAUGGCCAAGUACCAAGCUCCACAGCGACCUGAAGACACAGUUAUGAUCCAGUCUGAGCACACUGGGGCUAUAGAUGUUCUUUCAGCGGAUUUGGAAUCUGCAGAUCUUCUGGGGGACCACAGGAAAGUCUCUCCACCUCUGAUGGCUCCUCCGUGCAUCUGGACCUUUGCCAAAGUGAAGGAGUUCAAAAGCAAGCUGGGCAAGGAGAAGAACAGCCGCCUGGUAGUGAAGCGAGGAGAAGUCGUCACCAUCCGGGUCCCCACCCAUCCCGAGGGGAAGCGCGUUUGCUGGGAAUUCGCAACUGAUGACUAUGAUAUUGGUUUCGGAGUUUAUUUUGACUGGACCCCGGUAACCAGCACUGAUAUAACUGUGCAGGUCAGUGAUUCCAGCGAGGACGAGGAGGAGGAAGAGGAGGAAGAAGAGGAGAUUGAAGAACCUGUCCCUGUGGGAGAUGUGGAGAGAGGCUCCAGGAGUUCUCUACGGGGCCGCUAUGGGGAGGUCAUGCCUGUGUACCGGCGGGACAGCCACCGAGAUGUGCAAGCUGGCAGCCAUGACUACCCUGGGGAGGGCAUCUACUUGCUCAAGUUUGAUAACUCAUAUUCCUUGCUGCGCAACAAGACUCUCUACUUCCACAUCUACUACACUAGCUGAAGGAUGCUGGGCUAGGGCAGGCUUUGUUUCCUGGCUCAAGCAGGCUGCCAGCUGGUGCUUCUUGUGUAUAAGCAAGAGCCUAAAGCUCUGUGUGGGGCUCUGAAGCCUCGUGCCCUGCCUGGCAUGCCUGACUAUUGACCCCAUGUAGCUUUUCCCCUUUCUUGGCUUCUGCAGGUGGUGGUGUAGUGCUCCUGUUUUGUGGUCCCUGACUUACACUCUUUUUCCGACUCCAGCAAAAACCCUCUCAGAAGGCCCCUAUGAGGCAACAGCCUAAAGUGAAGUAGAAGGAUGUCUUAAAAAAUUGAUUUACUCUGUAAAGCUCAUCAUUCAAGUUGCCGCUCGCUCUUCUCCAGAGCCUGUAAUGCCAAUGUACUUAGUAGCACCGACCUUUUUUCCAUUUCGAGGUGCCAGAAGAGGGAAAAGCACAUUGUCUAUGAAAGAGCCCAAUAUUCUGGAUGGAGAAUGCUCUGUCCAGCCUCUCACCACUGCCAUAUUCCUGCCUGCCUGCUGGGUAUUCUUAGUCUCUAGCUCAGGCUGGGAGACCUCACUGCCUUGAAUGGAAAUUAUUAUUCCUGAUGGUUAGACCUUUCCUCCUUUCUCUUUACCAAGUCCGUGUUUCUGCCAUGUAGCAAGAACCUCCAAGCAAUUGCAAGCCGUGGUCAGUGUCCUAAGAGAAGAAAAGUGGCCUGCCUCUAUCACUUCCUGUCCCCAGAGUUAUCUCCCUUACUAAGGGUGCUGGUAGUUGGUGAAGAAAGGGUGGAAGGUGACCACUGAGUUUGUCUCAGACCCUGCCCUUUUGGAAAUCAAGUAUUAGUCCCCCCACCCCAUCUUAGGCCAUGUGUGUUACACAGAUUGCUUUGGAACCAAAUACAGUGAAACCCAGUCA